AUGAAUGGAAAAGAAGAUAAUCAUUUCUUGAGUUUUGAUUCUGAAACUCAUCAACAUAGCAACAAUGGCAGUAUCCCAGCUUAUGUGUGUGAAAUCUAUGUUGAGGCAAAGCCACUGGAUAUCUCUUUCAACAUUAAAGAUUGUGAUGGGGUGUUGGACCCUGAUUUUUGCAGUGAGAUACUGCCAAGGGAUUUGUUUAACAGGUGGGGGAAAGCCCUUUGUGAAUCUGCUUUGCUUGCCUCUGAAAAAUUCUACUGUCCUUAUCAAGAUUGCUCGGCACUGUUGGUGAAUGAUGGGGAAAAGAGCAUUCAGAGAUCCCGAUGUCCAUUGUGCAAGAGGGUGUUUUGCGUGCAGUGCAAUGUAGCUUGGCAUUCAGGUGUGGAUUGCAACAAGUUUCAGAAACUUAAAACCCUUGGCUCAGAUGCUAUGUUUGUUAAUUUGGCUACGAGGAAGAAGUGGAGGCAAUGCCCUAAUUGCAAGAUGUUGGUUGGAAAAUCAUUUGGUUGCCAUCAUGUUAAAUGCCGGUGUGGAGAACGCUUCUGUUACAAUUAUGGAGGAAAAUUAAACAAUCAUCCUCAUCCGUGGUGCAUGUGA